UUUUUGGGGAGGGGGGGCUCUGCAUAUUUGACCUCUGGCUGGUCCCAUUUUUCAGCCAGCUGCACACCUUGACUUCAACCUAUAGACAAGAGCGGAUAUAUUCUGCAUCCUUUCCUCACGUCUCACUUUGCACCUGGAUUCUUGGACCCAGACCUGGAUGCACCACGUCUAACUUUUUUUUUAAAAAAAGAAUUAGUUGCUGGCCAGCUGGUUCAUUUCAGAUCUUCUCUGCUUCCCCCCUCUCCCACCCCCCAGCUUUCUCUUUUAUUUUAUUUUUCCUGCACCCCCCGGGCCUGACUGACGGAACUGUGAGUGCUACUAAAGUUGGCUUCCAUUUAGGGGGUCUCUCCGUGGUGGCAACAUCCUUUUGAGUGGCUGCAAGAGGCUGAAGAAAAGAGAGAGAAAUCAGAUUUGGGGAAGAAGACCUAGGAAGGUUUUUUGGGGCUGUGUUUCUUUCGACUGUCCUGUCUCUGCUAGCAUCAGUUUAUCUACACCUGGGUUCCCACCUUUGUGACUUGUCUUCGGAUUAAAAGCAAUAACUCUGCUCUUCCUGGACACUUUUCGAGUUUAAGCGCCAGCCUUUUGAAAUAAGAAAAGGAAAGGGAAAAAAAAAACCCAAGUUCACCAUGGCUGGGCACUUGGGCAGAGAGUUAGAUCGGCCCUAUCCUUUCCCUGUCCAAGGGCUUCACCUUGGCAACAUCCCGACUGCUCCUCACCAUGAAGCUAGUGGAGGCUUCUUGCCUGAAGCCUUCAGUGGGGCAGCCCCUGGGCAGGGAUUUGGGUUCAGGCCCGACUACGGGCCUCCCGGAGGGAUGCUCGAGUCCCACCCUGGUGGAGGAGAAACUCCCAGGACUUGGUACCCCUUCCCUGCUGGAGGAGAUGCCUGGAGUCACCAUCCCGGGGUGAUGAUGGGGGCUUAUGGGGUCACUCAGCCCGGGGAAGCCGCUUGCCAAGCCCCAAAGCCUGACAUCAAAGUGGAGCCUGACUUUGAGCAGCCGGGGCCCUCCUAUGUGCACACCUGGACAGGUGGCUGCCUUGCGCCUGGCGAUAGCGGUGGAGCUGCUUCACCCCGUGAGGAGCCCCAGCGCUCCAGCAGCCCAGCUAGCCAGGAUGGCGACCUGGGUAGCCUGACUGGCAGCGAGGAGACCAGCCCCCAGAGUAACGGUAGCAGCAGCCCAGGUGGGCAGGCAGCCUCUGGAGAAGUCAAGGAGGAUGGCGGCAGCGGCGGCAGCAGCAGAGAUGAGGUUCCUAUUAAUACCUCAGAGGAACUGGAAGAGUUUGCCAGGCUGCUCAAGCACAAAAGAAUCUCGCUGGGCUUUACUCAGGCAGACGUGGGACUGGCCUUGGGUCUGCUGUAUGGGAAGAUGUUCAGCCAGACCACGAUCUGCCGCUUCGAAGCCUUGCAGCUGAGCUUCAAGAACAUGUGCAAACUGAAGCCCCUCCUCCAACGCUGGCUGGAAGAGGCCGAUUCCAACGAGAAUUUGCAGGAGCAGCUGUGCUCCAUGGAGUCUGCCAUGAUCCAAGCCCGGAAACGUAAACGUACCAGCAUUGAGAACAGCGUGCGGGGCACCCUCGAGUCUUACUUCCUACGCUGCCCCAAGCCCAACGUGGACGAGAUCGAGCAGAUUGCUGAUAACCUCAGCCUGGAGAAGGAUGUUGUCCGCGUCUGGUUCUGCAAUCGUCGCCAGAAGGGCAGGCGCAACUUAGGGGCUGGCUCGCGGGAUGACUACGAUGGGCCGGCCCUACCGCCUCCCUUCGCGCGCCAGGCUCCGCCCCCUGGGCUCGGCCCCGCCCACCACCAGCUGGGCCCACCCCACCAGGGCUACAAUGGCGCCGCAUUCGCUGCUCUGUACCUGCCCCCGUUCCACGAAGGGGACGCCUUCGUUCCUUCCCCCUCUGGCUCUGCCGUCAUGGGCCACCCGAUGCAUUCGAGCUGAAGAGCCCCCCACUUUUAAACAAGCUUAUCCCUCCUAAGCCUUAGUCGGGAAGGAGUCCCUCAGGCUACUUCCCUGCUUUCUAACUAAGGAGCCUUUAAAAGGGGGGUUGUCUAAUUUUUGUCUUUUUCUGCUUUUUAAAUCAGGGGUGCAGGACUUAUUGGCAGUAUUGCAAUUUGGAGGGGAAACGGGCGAGGCACCAAUUUUUUUAUUGUAACCGUGGUUUUAAAUUGCCGCUCAUCACAUUCCCCAGGCAAGAAAAUAGUGCCUCUAGAAGCAUCAAUGGGGACUUAAAAAAAAAAGUUCUAGUUUGCUGGAGCCAUCUUUUUAAUCUCCAAUGGAUCUCUACAAUUGUAAUCUGGACAUAAGAUCUCUCUCUCUCUCCCCCCCCCUCCAAGACUGAAAGAAUUGACAGCAGCCUCUGCCAACCUGCUGCUGUCCAGAUGUUUGGACUACCAUCAAUCCCAGUCAGCACAGCUGCUCUGUCUUGGUCUAAUGGGACUCGUCGUCCAAAACAUCUGGACGGCACCAGGUUGGGGAAGGCUGAUCUACUGACUUAAAAGCACGAUUCUUCUCAGGCUGCUAAAGUUCAGCAUUUUUAAGUAGCAUUCUCCUGUCGAGAUCUUAAAACACUUUGAUUCUGCAGUCGACAACUGGGUGGUUCAGUUUUCCUCCAUGCAAUGAAAAUUCCCGGGGAGAAGGAUAAUAUUUACUUCUACGG